UUGAACGCUGCCAAUGUUCCUGUCAGGACAAUGGAGGAAGUCAGCAACUCCGAUCACUUUUUUUUUUAUUUUUAAUUUUUUUAAAAAACUACUUUAGAUGUGUCAUGGCUGCAGUAUAGGAUAUUGACCUUAAGUUUAGGCUUUGGGUGUUGGGAGAGGAUUAUUCAUUUUUUAUUAACAAUAAUAUGAUAACCAAUCAUAGUGCAGUGUCCUGACAGGAAGAUUUGGUGGUACCUUAGUAAGGACAGCCGCUGCUGUAACUCUCCUGUCCCCUGGAAGCGGAAACAGCUGGGGUAGUUUGGGUAACUUCAAGCAGUCUGGAAGUCGUAGUUGAGUCGGUUUAACUAAGUAAUUUUUAAUAUUUAAUGUGCAUGUCGGUAGUAGCGUGGAAGGGAAUGAGGAAUGAGGAUACAGUCAAGUUACUAAAGAUACAAAGGGAAAAGAAACAAGAGUGAGAUGAGAGUCGAAAAAGAGAGAGAGAUUCACUCCUAAUACUACCGGAGAACCAAACCGUACAGGAUCCCAGCAAAGUAAAGUGGACAGAGAGUGGAAUGAAGCCCUUGGAGAAGAGUGGCCCAUACAUCGUGACCAAACCUCCCCCCAUUCACCUCAAACUGCAGAAGCACAGAGCGCAGGCUAGGAAGUCGCUAAAGAAAAAAGGAAUGCUGGGAGGACCAAUCGUCCAGCAGCCGAAGCUGGGAGCAAAGAGGAGUGUGAAGUUCAAUAAGGGGUACUCUGCUUUGAGUCAGAAUGCUGAGGACCCACUUGUGUCCCUGGAUUCAGACAGUGAAGUUGAGCUGGAGCCUCAACACUCCUCCGGAUACUCCUCUGCAGAGGUAAACCAGGACUUGAACCGGCAGCUUCUGCAGGACGGCUACCACCUGGAUGAGAUUCCUGAUGAUGAGGACUUGGACCUGAUUCCACCCAAAGCCGUGGGGUCCCCCUCAUGUGUGUGCUGCUGUGAUGAGAGCCUCUCCUGCUCUAUUCAAUAAUACUGACUAGAGGCAGGGGGCAUAUUGGACACUUUGCACUGUGGUAGAGUCUUUGAAGAGUUUAAAACAAACUAAAUGCCCAUCCAACACCUUUUUCAAAUAUACAGUGCUCCCCAUUCUAAUGUAGCACUUCAUAGCAUGGAAUCGGUUGUAAGGCGGCAUGGUCCUGCUCCCAUUUGCCCCAUAAUGCCAGUACAGGAGCACUUUCUACCUGUUACAAUGUGGAACACAAACGGCACGUUCUUGUAACAAUGACUCCCCACUACAGCGUUCUAAAGGCAGAACGUGCAAUCAGCCUUGCUUUGAUACCCAUGGCAUUAAACCAAACAGAAAGCAGAGUUAAACCACAGUAAACUGUCAGAUCCUUCUGGAGUAUU